CCCCGCUUCACCCUACCCCCUUUCAGGCCCGAAAUUGACUAGGAUAAAUCGCCACGAAGCCCUAACAAGAUACUCACAGAGGGUCAUUGCCAGGCCUUUACCCUUCCUCCCCCCUUCCUCCUUCUUCUUUUCACUCUUUCAAGCUCACAUCACCUUGUCUCCUUUCGCCCAGGGGGUCCAGCUACGCGACUAUCGUCACAAAGAUCAUCGAGCUAUUUACGCCAAGUACCAGAAACAAACACCCCAAGCCAGGCUUUCAUCGAUGACGCCGCAGGAAACGAUGUCUCGCGGCCCGGCCUACGACGCUGAGGUCCAUAUACUCAAUCCUCACUCACCUCAAACCAAGUACCUAACAUGGGUUCGGCAGGACGACGACGGCUCCUCCUCCGAGGAGCGCGGCCGCCCCCGCCUCCGUGGCGACGGCAACCUCGCCCUCGCCCAGCAGCAGCAGCAGCAGCAGCAGACUGCCGCAGGCUCCCCUGCCGCCUCCUUCGGCCGUGUCUCCCCUGACGUCGAUCCUGGUGGUCUUUUCGUAGCCGCCCCCUCCAUCCACCGCUCGCGCUCACGCAGCGUCGCGCCGUCCCUCCCGAUCCCAAUCCCGGGCGCCGCCGGUAGUAGACGCGCGGCCUUCCGCAGCGCUGAGCUCGCUGAGCGACUCGCCGCCGCCGGAGACUCCGACAGCGGCACCGACAGCCGAGGAGGAUCCCCCAUCGGUCGUCUGCCCUAGGAAGGCCCGCGCCGCUGGACCGUCUCCAACGUCUCCCGCGCCGGAGGCUUCUCCCCCGCCGAGCUGAGCGCGCAGGCUACCCGUCUGCAUCGGGGCAUCGGCGUCGGACCGUCU